UCAUCGCGCCAAAACGUUCUUGUGCCAGCGGUUCAUAAUUUCAAGUGGAUUUGUUGUUGUUGUUUUUUUUUCUGUCAUUCGCUGUUUUGAUCUGCAAAUAAUCAACAACAAAAGAAGAAAGAAAGAAAAACCAUACAUAAAACGGCAACAUUUCGACAUAAAGUGUAAUCGGGUGGCGCAUUUUAAAUCGCACAUACCAAACUCAAUUUAUGAGCGAUUGGAAGAGCUUUAAAAUAAAUGGAAUGAGACACCUAGAAACGACCAUAUUUGAAGCAAAACAAAGAGGACAAAUAAAACUAGACUAGAACUUCUUCAAAUUGCUAUUGAACAAAUUAAUUGGAACGUAAAACGAUCAAAUGAUGUGCAAUCGAUGUAACGUGUUGCGGUAAUCACAUUCGAUGGUUUUUGAAAAUGUAAAAGAGGAGAACAAAUACAACAACAUAAACAACAACAACGAAAAAAAAUAUUGAUUGAAUUGAUCGUGAGAUAAAUCAUAAUAACAACUAAAAGAAGAAGAAGAGAAAAAAAACGAUCGGUAAAAAAUUAAGCAUAAUAGCCGAAUGAAAAAUCGUAACAUCAAUGGUUUUUUUUUUCUCUGAAUAAAUUCGCAUAUUACCACUAACUUUUAACUGCAUUUUUUGCUCACAUUGUGGCCGCCUUUUUUAAAUAUUCACUAUCUCGACCGCUUUUGAUCAUCAUCAUCAUCAUCGUCAGCAUCAUCUCGGAAGAGACGCCCAGUUUAACCGAAUAAUGCGUUCAUUCGCUUGAGCAUUAUUGUUUGCAUAGUUCGCGAGCCGCCAGCACAAAUAGAAUCUAAAACAUCGAAUUCAUCCAAAGUAACAGCAAAAUAGCGUUCACAUCGAACAACAAAAGAGAGAGAAAGAAUUGAAACAAAACCAAAAAAAGAAUAACCGAAUUUUUUUCUGGCAUCAUCGCCACAUAGAUGAUUCUUCUGAUGUAAAGCGGUAAUAUCAUCAUACACACCCGAACUUAUUUUGUUCAAACAAGAAAAUCACGAACUCCAUUAUCAUCUCAUAUUAUCGCUCGCUCGCUCACUCAUUCGUUCACAAAUGAAAUUAAAUCGAAUGACAAUGACUUCAUUAAAAUGUUCGCUGAGAUUGCAACCGUACAGACAGUGGUUUUUUGUGCUAUAUUUUGUGUUAAUAACGAUCAUCGAUUUUAGCUAUACCGUUGAUGGAUUAAGUACAACGAACGAUCGAGGGGAGCGCAAAUUAUUUGGCGGAUACCGAAUAACGCCCAAAUUUUGUAAACCAUCGAAAAUCCUACCGAAAGGAGAUCCACGAGCUGAAGGACCAACCAUAUGCAUGUUUAAUCAUGAAUGCUCACAAAGACACGGUGAAGUAGUCGGCGCUUGCAUGGAUGGAUUCUUGUUCGGUGCCUGCUGUCAGUUGGCGGUUAAUGAAGCGGUUAUUGAUGAUUACAACAAACCACUUUUGAAUCCACUCGAACCAUUCAAUGGAAAUGAUAAUCAUGUGCCAUCGAAUGAUGGUAGCUAUGGUGAGAGCGAUACGGUUUUAAUUGAAACAUCACAGCCAACCACACCGGAAAAAACAUCGAUUUAUUUGUCAUCGCAUUCAACGGGUCAAGUUUACAGUCCAGAGCUACCGACACAAGUUACGGAUUCACUCACCACAUUUGGCACACUCAAUCCAAAUAAGAAAAAAGUGCCAAACACAAAGCAGCCACAUCAAACCAAACCGACACCAUCAAAAUAUGGCACAACGGAUAAGUAUGUUUUGGUGCAAACGCUGACAAAUGAUAAGAAUGGUCCGUCAUCGAAACCGGGUGGCCCUGUUUAUGACAAUGAAAUCAAUUCCAUUGAGUCAAUCAUUCUGAUGUUGAAUGACUCCAAAACCGGUCCACAAUAUAAUACCGAUGGUAAACCUCAAAGCACUUAUGAGUACACGAGCAGCGGAUUGCCCACCAAAUAUGGCAGCUCAUCAUCGAGUGGCAGCUUCUAUAUCACAACCAAAUUACCGUCGUCAACGACACCCGUUCCCAUUUCAUAUGUUCCGUCAACGAAACGUCCACCGCUGUACAAUGUCACCUAUACAACAUCCCAGAAUGCAAUAACAUCACUCUUCACACCAUCCUCGACACCGUCGACAUUGGCAACCGUUUUCCAAAAAAUUCCCAUUCUCACACACACCGGCCCCAUUACAACGAAGUCACCGUCAACCAGUUACGUUUACAGUACGGCUAUACCAAAACGGCCCACAUCAUCGAGUUCCAAUCCAAAUCGAAUCAGUUCAACGACAACAGCAACGAAAAAGCCCACCAAAUUGGCAACGACAAACACGAAAAAACCGGUGCAAAAAGGCACAACACGCCCAAUAUCGACCAGCUACGUAAGCGGACCCACACCGUCACGACCAACGUAUUCGGCAACGAAAAAACCGGCACCCGUCUCAUCAUAUACAACACCAAACCGACCACAAUCAUCGGAAGUACCAGUAAUUAAUAAGAUUGGCUCGAGUACACCGGCGCCGACUGUCAUCGUUCUUGGUCCAUAUGGAAUUGGUUCAACAGAAAAUCCAUCGCCAACAAUACAUAUAACACCGAAACCAACGGCCAGCCAUUUCGUUUCGUCCAGCACAAGUUGGACUGUGAGCCCAGACUUGAAUAAAUACACACCACCCAAAAUACCAAACACAUCGCAAUAUGUCUCGUACAGUCCGAUUCUGACGAAGCGUCCGGGUCAAAGCGAACCAUCGAUUUACACACCAGGCGGUGGUCCAAUUUUGUCAAACGAUUUCGACGAUCCAGGCUACUAUGGUUUAGCAUCGACCACACAACGUCCUCUCAUUGCAAAUAUACAGCAAACCGUUACGUCUGCAUCGAUCUAUGCGGUGCUCGAUGAAAAUGGAUUCCCUGCAACAGCAACGCCAAACGAAGAAGUGUACACUUCACCGAAUGAUUUAAUCAAUUUUCCACCAGUACGAAAUCCAAACUUAAACGGAACUGCGCAAAUUGCCAGCGCUACAAUCGAAGACUAUGAUAUUUCAACGCCACAAUUCAUUGAAGAUGAAUUGCUUAAUGACAAAAUGAAUUUAUUGGUGAACAAAAUCGUUGAAUCCCUGAAAGACAAUUUCCAUGAUUUGGCCGAUAUUGUUGAGAAUAAGACGGUAACGAGACGACCAGCACCAUCGGCAACGACCAUUCAACAACGGCCGAUUACGACUUUAGCAACGAAAAAGCCACCACAACGAGCAACAACCACCACUACUAGACGUCCAAGCACCUUAAGCAAACCUUCGACAAGUCGUCCGGUGAAUAAUCGAAAAACGACGAAAAAACCACCAACCACCGUUCUGAAUCGGGUUACAACCACAAAACGACCAACAACAAAACCACCGAAGCGACAGCCAACGACUACCGUGCAACAGCAAUACGAUGAGGUUACCGACGCUGUUGAAGAGGAAGAAGAGGAUGUUGGCGAAGAAACGGGUGAAGAGGAAAGCACACCAUACUUUGAAAGCGGGCGCGUUCAGUGCGGUGUUCGACCACACGUGAAAUCGGGCCGAAUCGUUGGCGGAAAAGGUGCAACGUUUGGUGAAUGGCCGUGGCAAGUUCUAGUCCGUGAAUCAACUUGGUUGGGUUUAUUUACCAAAAAUAAAUGCGGAGGUGUAUUGAUAACGAAAAAUUACGUUAUGACUGCUGCACAUUGUCAACCUGGAUUCUUGGCUUCGCUGGUGGCAGUGUUCGGUGAAUUUGAUAUUUCAGGGGAUGUGGAAAAGAAGCGAUCAGUGACAAAAAAUGUGAAACAUAUUGUCGUUCAUCGUGAAUAUGAUGCGGCUACAUUUGAAAAUGAUUUAGCUUUGCUCGAACUGGAGAGUCCAAUUCACUAUGACACGCAUAUUGUUCCGAUUUGUAUGCCAGUCGAUGGAACGGAAUUCACCGGUCGCAUGGCAACUGUUACGGGCUGGGGACGUCUUAAGUACGGCGGCGGCGUUCCAUCAGUUCUGCAAGAAGUUCAAGUGCCAAUCAUCGAAAACAGUGUAUGCCAGGAAAUGUUCCACACAGCUGGACACAAUAAGAAAAUAUUACCAUCAUUCUUAUGUGCAGGAUACGCAAACGGCCAAAAAGAUUCCUGUGAAGGUGAUUCUGGAGGACCACUUGUUUUACAACGUUCUGAUGGAAGAUGGGAGUUAGCUGGAACUGUGUCACAUGGUAUUAAAUGUGCAGCACCGUACUUACCAGGUGUCUAUAUGCGAACGACAUACUAUAAACCAUGGUUGGAGAGCAUAACAGGAGUUUGAAGUGAUGCAAGCGGAACAAAUGCGCUAAAAUAGUUUAACAUACACAAACACACAAACACUCACACAUGUGCAUAAAUGCAUGCUAACGAAUAUGCAUAAGUACAUCGUCCCACGCACAUUAAACUUUAUUUUCCUGUCCUACCCCAUUUCCCUCUGAUCACGGACAAAAACGAACGAACAGAAACUGGAAAAAACACAUGAACUUUUCAUUAUUGAUUGAACAACGACGAAACUGAGAGUGAACAAAUCUCUCAGUUGGAUGUGAAUAAGCAACAAAAAAAUGUUCAUUCAUUUACAAAUUUAUCUUUUCAUACGCACAACAACAACAACAAAACCAGAAUGCAAUAACACAGACAAAUUAGCUUAUUUUGUUAGGUGACCCAUCUCUAAUUUAUAAAAUAUUAAUUGAAAUUAGAAAAAAAAAGAAAAAAAGAGAAACGUUUGUUAAAGCAUGUAAAAACAAACAAACGUUUAUGCAGUUUUUUUUAUACAGACUGGAGCUAAUUUGUGUAGUCAAUACUUUUUUUAUUUAAUGCUUGUACAAAUGAAUGUAUCGACUGUUGUUUGAAUGGACAUAUAUCUUGGUAAUGAAAACUAAAUUUAUCUAAUUAUUUAUUAAUUUAUUCAAAUUUAUUUAUUGAAAAUUCGCUUAUUUAUUAUUUUCAUCAUAGUACUAGAACAACAGUUAUUUAUGCAUUUAAUAAAAUGAAAAAAACAAACAAACAAACAAACACAACGGUUCAGCCACUGUACUGACACAUUGCUGCUGAUGCCCGUUUACAUAAUAAUAUUCGAUGAGCAGUGCUGAAAAUUUCGAGAUUGUUUAAUUUUUUAUUUUUGUUUUUGAUUUAGUUCAUUUUUUUUCAAGCUAUUAUUUAUUUUCGAAGAUUUGGAUGUGAGUAUGUUCGCAUUUUGUUGAAUCAAAAUUUUUCGAUUUGAUUUUUUUUGCAUUCACAUUUUGCUUUCAAAAACAAACAAAAAACCCUGUGAGGGAAAAAGAAACAAUUUCGUUUAUACUUUUUUGUAUAAAUAAUUAUCGUGCAUAUAAUAUAUAAAUAUACAUAUAAUUUAAACUGAUUUAGAAAAUGUUAAUGUAAUAGACCUCUAAGAAAUUGUUAAAAAGUGAUUUAAAUGGUUUUUAAAAAUUCAAUAAAAAACAUUUUGUGAAAU